AUGAUAUUAAAUAACGGUUACACUUUGAAGUAUACACUUCUCAGUUCUAACUUCACAGAAAACCACUAUAGGGGCAAGGCUAAGCGAGAAUCGUCACUGGAAGAGCUAAGACGGCACAUACACAAAUUUUACAUCCCCCUUGCGCGACAGUUCAUCGUACUGUUCCCUGAAGGAGGCUUUUUGCACAAGCGGAGAGAAAUCAGUCACAGGUUUGCAGAGAAAAACAACCUGCCGAAAUUAGAGUACGUAUCAUUACCACGCGCCGGUGCUAUGAAGGUGAUAAUGGAGGAGAUAGGCCCCACCACUAACCACGGUGCUGGUACUUCUAAAGAAGAGAACGCCAAAAAAGAAAACAAUCUCAGCCAAAACAACUCUAAAACGAGCAUGCAAGUCAAAGUCGGGGACAGCAUCGAGUGGGUUCUGGACGUGACCAUCGCUUACCCUAACAGGAUUCCUCUGCAUCUGGUAGACGUCGUGUGUGGAAUCCGACCACCCUGCACCACACAUCUACAUUACAGACUAUAUCCCAGUUCCGAGGUACCCACCGACAAUGAAGGCAUGACCCAAUGGUUGUACGACAGAUUCAUAGAAAAAGAUAAAAUGCUAGAAGAAUUCUAUGCCACAGGAAAGUUUCCACCUCAGGUUGGACCAGCAAACUCUAGUACGAAACAAAACAAGCAUAGUAUCAAAGAACUUCAAAUUAAACAGGUUCUUCUGUGCACUAGGUUGUGCAUGAUUAAUGCCUAG